CCGGCCCGUUGUCACUGACGCUUCGCGGUCGCUGGGGCUGCUGCUGCGGAGUCGAGCGGGGAGCCCGGCCAGUGCAUUCUGAAUAUGGAAUGGGGAGGAGAGUAUUCUCUUGAUUCUUCCAAUUUAGACUGUUUGUUAAAUGUUCUCCCUGGAGAACUGGAGUUUCAACAGAUCCUUGAUGAUCUUGAUGAAAAAAUAAAGAAGAAUUCUUCUAGCAUGGAACAAUGUCUUAAAGAUCUGAGAUCAGAAGUAAAUGAAAUAUGUACUGAUGAAAUACUACAAAGCACAAAUGACUGCCUUCAGUGGUUAAACAACUGCAAUUUUGUUUCUCUCCGUCCUUCAUCUACACAGCAUGGAGAACUGAUGGAGUUCCUUAGGACUCUGCAAAGGUUGCUGAAGAAUGAGCAAAAUCAAGAAGAAAUGAUUCUUCACUUCCUUCUGGAUCUCUCUAGUCAGUGUGGUGUUUCGUUUCCCUGUUCUCCAAGUGGGAUGUCUUUUGAGUUUACAUCUUCUCUUCAUGCCAUUGAGGAUGAUUCAACAAUGGAUGUGAAAUCUCUCUGGGAUGAUGUGAGACUGCACCUUCGACGAUUUUUAGUAAACAGACUGCAAAGUCAAGAAGAGACAAAUCCCAGUGCUUCACAACAACAAAUGCAGCUUAAAACUCAGUGCAUACAGCAACUUCUGUUCCUUUAUCCUGAAUCAGAAGUCUUAUCAAAGUAUCAAAAUAUGCAGAGUAAAAUGGUUCGUGAUCUUCUACAGAAUUGUGUUUUGUCUAGCUGUGGUGAAACGAAUUUUGAUAAGGUCGUUCAUGGCUACCAAAGUUCCAUACCGACACUAUGCACAAUAAUAAGAGAGGAUUUCUAUAUACUAAGUGGAACUAUCGAUCCUUCUUCAUCUCUGAAGUUCAUUAAUGAAACUUAUCUGGAUACUAUCACUGAAGAAAUAACAGUUCUUCUUGAAAGACUUUGUGAGCUGCAGUUCAAAGAAAAUGCUCUGCACAUAGUUAAGGCGAACAAGAUUUCAAAGAAGCAUAGGAGAACGGUUCAUGCUGUGGCCUCACAAGAAUACCACAAAAAAGGAAGGAACUUUUGUUUAACAUUGUAUCAACUUAAAUGUCUUUCUCAACUCAUCAAACUCUUUCUAUUCAUGGAAGAAAAAAUUGAAGAACUCUGUGCAGAAAUUCUGUUGAUGCCUUUGUUUACUGAGAAGAAUAAGAAUGUUCAAGGAGUUCUGAAGAAAGCUAGUGGGGAGCUUUUAAUGGGAGAAACUAGAGUAGAUGAAGCCAGUGUGCUUCCUGAACAGUUACUUCAGGUAAAAGAGCCUAUUUUACUGAAUUUUGGUUGGAGAAAUGCAUUUAAGGACCUGUCUUCUUCAGUGGCUCACUGUAUAACAAUAGCAAUUCAGGAUUUUUCAACUAAAAUUCUUCAACAUGAGCUGCAAGAACAGUCUUCAGCUGCUGGCUAUGCAAUGAGUCUUGUAAAUAACGAGCAAAUAAGGGAGUCCUGCAGAGCAUUCCAACAAGAGGAGCAACCAAAACAAAUUGCUAAGUUUUGUUCUGACAUCAUGGGAGAACUUGACACACUGCUUCCACUGGCUCUGGCAUGCAGAGAUGAUUCUCUUGAGGAAAUUAGAGCAAAUUUUGUAGAGGCUUGCAGCAAAGUAGCGACAGCUGUCCUGGCAAGACUAGAGGAAAAAAGUGAAGAUGUUCCCUCCAAGGCUCCCCUGCAAAACUUAUAUGCUGCUCUUUCCACAGCAAUAUAUGUCUGUCAACAUUUUACAAUGUAUAGCAAUUUAAUGAGAGAAAGCAGCAAAAAACCUCUUUUCUUAGUGCCUAUCCAACAAUAUCAGGAAUUCAUCAACGUUCUUCAGGUUCAAGUUACGAACUACUGUGUCAGAGUUUGUGCUACAAGCAUUUUGCAGGAUGCUGAGAGCCACCACUGGGAUGACUACAAAGCUUUUUAUGAGGGUGAAAGAUGCUCAUUCUCAAUCCAGAUGUGGCAUUACUUCUGCUGUGCUCUUCAUCAUGAUCUAUGGACUAUUCUACCUCCCAAGUUAGCCCAGGAGAUUCUUACAGAUGUGCUAGAGCAAUCUUUGGAUGUGCUGUCCUCUAGAUAUUCCCAAGCCUGUCCUAGUUAUAAGCGAACACCACAAAUCAGAAUAGAUAUUGCAGCAAUUUUGAUGUCCACUGAAAAUAUGCUGUGGUCAGUUUGCAGCUCAGUCCAGGAAUUUCUGAAUCCACAUGAAGACAGAGACCUCAAGAUCUAUAAAAUACAUAGCCACUGCAAUAAUAUGCUCUCUGUGCUAGCUAUUUUAACUUCACCACUGAAAAAUUUGUAUGAGACUUUUGUGAACAAUUCUGGAGAACAUCUUCCUCAUGUUUUUUCUAAAGGCUUUUAUCAUCCAUUACGUUGGUUAUUUUGCAUACCAUCAUCCAGUCCUUCCUUACCAAAGAGUCCAUCAGCCAGAGAAAUGGCAGCCCAAGGUCAACUGAAACUGCUCUUAUCCCAGCCAUACUGUAAUUUGAACUUGCUCUUGGAAACCUUGCUGUAUAAUGAUUGUCUCUUGGUGAGAAUUUUACUGAAAAGUUCAAGAAGUGAAGUAUUCAUUGGUGAUGAACAAAGUUCUCCCUUAGAUGAGAUAAAUAACAAGGAGCCUACUCUGACUGAAACUAUCUUUACUAUAUUGUCUGACUGCAUUUUAUCACCCAAAUCACUUGGCAUUGCUUUUGAGGCCUACAUGGAAAAAGAACAGUUGUGGGAUUCCUUAUACAAUAUGACAGUUUCCAGUUGUGGCGACUCAGAGCCAGAGGUUAUCAGAUGCUUGAAGCUGAUAUUGAUUAAUUCAGUUAAGGGUAUAGUUAAGCAGAUCGUUUCUUUGAUGCAUUCAUGGGAAGCAACAGAAAACUAUGGAACAUAUCAGCACAAACAAAUUGUUCCUGAAAGUUUACUGAAGACAGUUCCAAAGGAGUGGAAUUAUACACCUCGGGAAAUGAAGAGGAAGGAAUCCGGGAAAUGCUUCACAAGGCUUGCAGCUCAGGCAGUAUCUAUUGUAAUCAGCAAGUUACCUACAGUGAUUGCAUGUUUGCCUCCCCCAAUUAAGUACUUCUUUUUUCUGGCUGAGAGAAAAAUGUCAAGAAACUUUGCUGAAUUGAAGAAAGCUGGUCUGCUUGUCUGGAACUUGAUUGUAAUUAUAUGUCGGAUAUUUGAGGAUGGAAAUACUGCAGAACUUUUAACAGGUGCAACACUUGACAGAUGGAGCAAAGAAAAACUCAGUUUAGUUCGUGUGUGCUUAGAAAGUAUUAUGGGAAAACAGAAAAGUGGUCCUAAACAAGUGACCCAGAAGGUUAUACAGAGCAUAGAACAGCAAAGACCAAACUGGAUUGAAAGUCAGUUGCUGAAGGCAAGAAAACUGAGCACAGACUGUGGCCCGGAUCCAAUAGAAGGUGCAGUGUUAGAGCAAGAAGGCAUUGCAUUUGGAUUCACUGAGCAGAAAAUAAACAUGAUGGUCCUGGAUAUCUGCCACAAACCAGGUGGCAGCAAGUACCUGAGGCAAAUUUAUCACAUCAUUCGGCUCAAUGAGCAAUAUUUGAAUGAGCAACUGUCUUACGAGAAUUCUCCUGAAGAGAAUGUAACUUCCAAUCAAAGCUUGCUUUUGACACUGAAGGGCAAAGAGGAGCAAGCUGUCUUCAACCCCUUCCAGGUGCACAGCCAGUCUUGUGUGAAAGUGUUCAAUCAGUCAACCAUUACUGAAUGGAACUGGGAUUGGUCAGACUUGCUGUCAAGUUGUUUGGGACUGAAUCAGAUGACCUUCAGGGUGCUGCUGGCACACAGGUGGGAAAUGAAAGAAGGAGCAGAUCUUGAAGAUGAGGAGAAAGUUAUGGUGGAACACUUAAAAAAUGUUUACCUGACACAGAGCACUCCUACCUCAGAGGAUAAAGAAGAAUAAUUAACUUGACAGGUUUCGGGUAGCACCUUUUUCAAAAUUCAAUACGAUUAACUUAAUGGCUUAGUUUUAACUGACAGGAGAAGAAAUCUCAGGAAUAUAUAUAUUGAGUAGGAGUUUUAAACUGAAGUAUGUUCCUCUGUUAUUGUCUAGUCACCCCAUUCAAGUGGCAGUUGUUAACACAUGCAUAAGGCAAGCAACAAUAUAAGAAAAUGUCAAUGUCACAAAACAAGGAGAGUGUAUCUUGGUACUGCAGAGGCACAAACCUGAACAACAAAUCAAAAAGUGCUUUAAAGUUAUAAAACUCACAGUGGCAUCUAAAUAUAAUGCAACUUUGGAUAUGUUGAAAGCAAAUGCUAGUGGUAUGUUGGCAUCUACCAUAUGCAAUCAAGUCAGCCUGCCAGGGCUGCGGCAGAGUUCAAGGACCUCUUCUCUCUCCUGGUGCUUGUGUUUUGCUUAUUGCUGGCAGCAAAGCACAUGAAUUCUGAGCAAGGAUGAGCAUAGGCCACAGUUCUGCAGCCUUUGAUGAGAUGCCCUGUGUAGAUACACCUGUCAUUAUUCCUAAGCAAAAAUGCACCAGAUUGAUUGCCUUCACAAACUCCUGAGUGCCCAGUUGGCUGUGGCUUCAAAGGUAGCUCAUAGUGAAACCUACUGACAGCAUUUAAAGCUUUCAGAUUAUUUUUUUUCAUUAAAAAAUUAUUCUCAGGCAGAGAGUUCAUGAAAGUAAUGAACUAUCUUAACAGCAAACUGAGUAAAUAAUACAGAAUUCAAUAUUUACUUCUGAUAAAUAUAGUAAAGUUUUAUUUUCAAAGUAAGCCCUGUUGGAUAUUCAGAUUUCCCAAAAAUAUUUCUGUUUUCAGUUAAGAUCUUGCUUAUGGAUUAAAAAUGGCUAUUGGGUGCGACAAGUGGCUGUUGUGACAAUAAUUUUUAUAUUGAAAGGACAGUCAACAUUUCCUUUGUUUUAUAAAAAUAAUGUCAUUUUUCUAUCUUUUUUCUUUCACUGGAAUUCCAAGAUAAUAAUUUCCUCUGCCUGCUCACAGAUUCUGGCAAGAUCUUGGAAAGGCUGUAAUCUGACCUUUUCCUAUUCCCAGUGCAUCUUCUCACAGACACUGCAGUGGACAUAAAUCAGAGCACUUCAGUAGGAAGGGAGGCACAUUUUUCUCCCUGAGGUCUCAGCAGGAUCAUGGGUAAUCCUAAUGUUAAUGCUGCCAUGUGGUCUAAUCUGAAAUGUAGUUUUUCCUCCUCUUUUUCUAAUAAUGUAUAUAAAAUAUUGGACAAAUAAAAUGAAAAUGGAGACUGCUGCAUCUUACAAAUCUCCAAAGAUCUUGCCAUAGCACUGCAUCAACAAAAGGAAUGCGUGGCACUGGUACUUCAAAAAUGCUAAAGAAUAAAAUCGUCUUUCUUAUCUAGCAGUGAUAUAGUCAUUUCAGAACAUAAAGAAGUAAUGAAGUGUAAAAACAAUUUUUCUUUGCUUUGUAUUUCACCUUUGAAGAUUAGUUGUGGUUUUAAGGCUUAAAGCUUGCCUACAGGAAUUGCCUGGUGAGGCAUGUGCAGUACUCUGACACCAGGUAUACAUGCUCCAAGCUAUAUUAAUACUGUAUAAGUACGUGGAAGUUGGAGUUAAAGCAUUUUUUCUUUCUGUAUCAAAAUCUAUUAAACAUAAUUAAGUUUUUAUAUAGGCAUAUAAAUAAGUUUCUGUCUAUGUGGUAGAACUUACUGAAAUACCUUUUCUGAAAAAGCUCUGCUUCUGGGAAACACUUAUUCUGGGUAGGAUAACUUUGUAAGUGAAAUAAGCUAACCCUUAAUAAAAACUCUCACGCUGAAACAGGAAUGUCCAUAUGGGGAGUUAUUCCAAGACGAUUAUGAUGCUUCAAAUUCACAACACACCUGGUUCUAGAAUAAACAGUCAUGUUAAAAACAACAAAAAAAAAUCAUUAUGCCCCUUCCUCCCUUUUCUCCCAGCCAAGCUAAUUCAGCAGUAACCCAAUGGGUAGUAUGAUUACAAUACUUUCUUCCUUAGCAGUAAUGUAUUUAUACUCUUUACAAGUGCAGAAUUAGCAAGCUAGAAUAACUGGCUUGAAUAAAAGCUGAAUCAUUGCACAGUAUUUUAUUUGGACAUCUUCCUUAUCCAUAUUUAUAUUUACAUGUAUCUAUGACUUUUAGAGUCUCUGAAUUCAAGGCAGUGUACAUUUGCACUUGUUCCUCACUGACAAAUAGCGGGGUUUGGUUUGUUUGUAAUGUACUGAUUCUAUUAACUGACCUUCAGGGUAUGAAAGAAAUAUCACCUUGGCAACAUCACUUAUGCUGGUGAUACUUUUGUAACAUUUUGUACUUCUUCAAAGAAAUUACAGUAAUAAUAAGAAUUGAACAACUGAGAUUGCUAAACAUAUCAUUAAUUUAUCAAGACUGCUUACUUUAAACUUAAACCCUUAAUUGAAGAAAAAUGAAAGACAUUUGGAAGAGCUAAUUAUUUUUACAUUGUGAGCUAUGUAAAAGUAGGAGUACUUGUGUAACAGAAUGCUGCAUUCCUUA